AUGAUCGUUCCGGAGCCCCCUGUAAAAUUGGAGGGCCAUUGCUCGGUCAUUCACAACAACACCCUCUACACCUACUCCGCCAAUGGAUUUGCAGCCAUCCCUCUCGAACGCAAUAGAACCUGGAUUGAAUUGCCCAUGCCCCCGGAAGAGCCGGUCUCCGAUGCGGUAUGUGUGACGGGUGGAAUAGACGGUAAGGAAGGCCAACAGGCGCUCUACGUGAUCGGUGGCAUGAGCUCGUCUUCGAAUUCCCCAGGAUUGCAGCGAUUCGCGUUCCAUUCCCAAGAGUGGUCCACGAUAAAGACAGCUCAGCGGACGAUGCAAAAUCGGACGUCCCAUGGCGCGGUAUAUCUGAAAUCUUCGUCCAUACUGCUGGUCUACGCUGGGAGUCAGACGGAUAGCUCCAACCCUUCAUCCGACACGUUUACUAUUAGCACCGUUCCUCCGUAUACGGUCGACGCUCAUUUAGCAAAGUACCCCACCUCAUCUCCUGUGCUUCUGCCUUGGAGCGAUAGUGAAGCGGCGUUGGUAGGUGGUGCGACGACUCCAAAAGAGGUCCAUCUCUUCUCAGUCUCGGAUGGCUGGCAUUCCUCCGGUGUAUUUCUCCCCCAGCCUCUGUCCAGCGAUGUGAGAUGCGCGAUAGUAAAUGGAUCGGACGGAAGCAAGGCGCUUGAGUCAUUCAAUCUGAACGUCUCGCCCAACACCGUGAGUAGCAUCGCAUUGCUCAACCCUCGCGGUCAGCCCGCGCGCUCUGGCACUGAUCUGAGCGCAUCGUCCUCGAGGAGGAAAAGGAGAAGGGAGGUUUCUGUGGCCGAUCACCCGACCUACGAUGGAACGUUAGCACCAUCAACGACCAGAUCGGACUACUCUCUCGCUCAAGGCGAUAACGGAUUAGUGGUCAUUUCGAGCGGCAGUGGUACCGACUCGCUGGCCAUCUUCAACCAGACAUCCAAUAGCUGGGUCAAUACAACCAAGCUCUUCUACGGAGACAAAACUCCUCAGCAGAUUCUCGCCUCAAUCCCGGAAACAACAACAACAUCAUCCUCGUCUACGCCGACCGCCACCAGCACCAGUUCGAGUAUUAGUACGAGCACCGCCGCCAGUGAUGAUUCAUCUGGCUCGAGGGUUGGUACUAUCAUCGGCGCGACACUUGGCAGUCUGGUGGGCGUUAUCUUAAUCCUAAUGUUAAUUCUCUUCUUCCUGCAUCGGACGAAGCUGGGCCGCAAGCGUGCUGCCAACCAGGGCCAAGGCGCCAAUGACAAGGACCGCUUGAGCUUCCAGGAUCAGGGCAUGGAACCCCUGACUCGUUCAGCCUAUCCCAUGGCCAAGAGUACAGCUCCGCUCGCGUCCACAUCGGUAGACUCACUCGCCAUCUUCUCUGGCAGGGCUGCGGAUGAAAAGACCCCUAGGACAGCCGGCGGACUCCCAGGCUAUGGGCCAAAAUCGUCGCCGCUCAAGCCGAGUCCUCUGACCACCGUCCAGUCCAACGGUGACUGGACGCCGUCCAGCACAUACUCGGUCGGCGCAGACAAGGCCGUCGAGGCGCAAGCCGUGACCCUCGGGGACAAACCGCCCGGGGACCGCACGACGGACGAGGGCUGGGGCAAGUACUUCCAAGACAACAACGGCACCAAUACCAACCUAGCGAACACACCGUCCAUCGCGGCCCCUCGGUCUAAUGCAGAGGAUCGGGUCAGUGCCUGGCCCGGCGCGCCUCUCCCUCAGUUGAACUUUGGCUUUUUGGAGGAACCCAAGCCACUCGGCCGGGUUGUCACCGGUAGCCCCACGACGGAGGACGGCCCCAGGAUCGGCCAGAUGCUGAAGCGCGCCGAGUCGCAGUCCGCCCGUAUCUCCAGUGCCAGCUCCCUGAGCGCCGCAUCGGACACGGAUUACGAUCACGACCAUGACCGCCCCGACGGCGCUUCAACGAUUAGUGGUCCAGCCCCCGAUCCGCAGUGGCUCGGUGCCCCGCACCACAGCUGGAUCGGCCGUCCGCCCAGCAGCACCUACAGCCGCAGCUUCUACAACCCAAGCGGCCGCGAACGUGACACCAUCAACACACGCGGCUCGAGCGUCUUGAUCCCAGAUGCGCUUGAGCCCAUGCCCACCACGCCCUUCCCAGGUGCACCUGCGCCGGCGAACUCGCGCAACAACCCAAACUCGGAUCUGAGCUGGCUGAACCUCAACGCCGAUCGAUAG